AUGCAGAGAUUGCUAGAAUAUUCUACACUGGGGGGUCUACCUUUUAAUUUUGCUAGAAAUCCUUAUUAUGUGAGUUCUUAUUCUUUUACUGCUAAUCAUGCUUUGGGUGGUUAUGUGCCUUCUGGUUAUAACAAAUUGAGAACCACAUUACUUCAGCAAGAAAAAGCAAAUAUAGAGAGGUUGCUUGAGCCAAUUAAAAGCACUUGGUUAGAAAAGGGUGUUAGUAUUGUGAGUGAUGGAUGGAGUGAUCCCCAGAGGAGGCCUUUGAUUAAUUUUAUGGUUAUUUAUGAGUCUGGCUCCAUGUUUAUCAAAUCUGUAGAUUGUUCUGAUGAAGUGAAAGAUAAGCAAUUUAUUGCUAAUUUGCUAAAAAAAGUAAUUGAUGAGGUGGGUCAUCAAAAAGUGGUACAAGUCAUUACUAAUAAUGCUUCAAAUUGUAAAGGUGCUGGAGAAAUUAUUGAGGAAAUGUUUCCACAUAUUUAUUGGACUCCUUGUGUUGUGCACACUCUUAAUCUUGCUUUGAAGAAUAUAUGUGCAGCAAAAAAUUUAGAAACUAAUCAAGAAACUUAUGAUGUGUGUCACUGGAGCACUGAAAUCCAUGGGGAUGCUUUGCAAAUCAAGAAUUUUAUAAUGAAUCAUUCCACGAGGCUUGCAAUUUAUAAUCGAUUUAGCCCUUUGAAAUUGCUUUCAGUUGCUGACACUCGUUUUGCUUCUAUUGUUGUGAUGCUUAAAAGAUUUAAACUUAUUAGGCGUGCUUUAGAAGCAAUGGUUAUGAGUGAUCAAUGGGCACAAUACCGAGAAGAUGACCAAGACAAAGCUAGAUUUGUUCAUGAUAAAGUGAUAGAUGAGGAUUGGUGGGAAAAGGUUGAUUACAUCUUUGCUUUUACUGGGCCCAUUUAUGAUAUGAUCAGAGUUUGUGACACAGACAAACCAUGCCUUCAUUUGGUUUAUGAGUUGUGGGAUUCUAUGAUUGAAAAGGUGAAGCAAGUUAUUUUUGAUCAUGAAGGAAAGCAAGCAGAUGGGUUUUCUCCUUUCUAUUAUGUGGUUCAUCAAAUUCUUGUUGAUCGUUGGGCAAAGAGCAACACUCCCCUUCAUUAUUUUAUAGUGAAAAAUGGCUUCAAGAGGGAGAAGGUAGAAUGCCUCCUCAUAUGGAUGGAGAAGUAUCAACUGAAAGAAUUAAAUGUUUUAGGAGGAUUUUUUUCUAAUGAAGAUGAGCGAAUUAGAGCAAAUGAUCAAUUUGCAAAUUUUUCUUUGAAAAGUGAACCUUUUGCUGAUCCUGAUUCUAUUAAAAGUAUGUAUGUUACAGAUCCUAGGAAAUGGUGGGCAUGUUUUGGUUCUAAUGCACAUUUACUUCAAAUGUUGGCUUUUAAAAAGGAUAAAUUAACUCUAAAAUGUGUUGAGGACUUGGUUUUUAUCUAUAAUAAUCGUCGUCUUCUGUCGAUAAACUCCUCCCAAUAUUAUGAUGAGAAGAUAAAAUUGUGGGAUGUUGGUGGUGAUCAAUUUAGGAGUAUGGAAGAUGUGGGAGUUCUUGAAUUUGUCAACCUUUCAUUGGAUGAACCAGAGUUAGAGUCUGUUUUAUUUGAUGACAAUGCAACUACAUGCAUGAUGAAGGAGAAAGACAGUGAAGUUGAGGAAAUGUCAUAA